UUUCCUCAAUAAGGUCUGCAUUCCUAAACAAUGGAUGUGUGACAGUGACGAUGACUGCGGUGAUAAAUCAGAUGAAACACGCGAGGUAUGCCUUCAAAUUGAGUGUUCAAAAAAAGAGAGAAAAUUCCGCUGCAACAAUUUAUUAUGCAUUCCAAUAUGGCGAGUCUGCAAUGGAAGAGAUAAUUGUGGAGAUGGUUCAGAUGAAAAUACUCAUCACCUUUGCGAACCAAAGGAAGAAAUAUGUGAACAAGAUCAGUUCAAGUGUACAACUAAAGAGUGCAUCGAUUCAUUCAAAGUAUGCAACGAAAUAGCUGACUGUGCAGAUAAAUCUGACGAAAUAGGAUGCAUUAAAAAUGCUGGUGCCGUCAACUGCAGCAUUGAUAAUGGAGGGUGUCCCCACAAUUGCACGGAUCUCGAAGGAGGUGGUAUGAUAUGUUCCUGUCGAAGCGGUUUCAAAAUGAAAGAUGGAAAGACAAAAGAAUGCGUGGAUGUUAACGAGUGUGAACUUUCAAAUAACAAAUGUCCUCAGCUCUGCAACAACAUAAAGGGUUCCUACAAAUGCCUGUGCCACGAAGGGUUCCAAGAUCCUUUAUUACCCACUCCCAAAUGUAAAUACACAAAGGAAGGCAAAAUAAGCAUCUUCAUGUCUGUGGGUAGCGGCAUCCGAAGAUUUGAUCCCAUAAUCAAAGAAUACAUGAGCACCUUACUCUCCAUACAAAAAUCGCAGGGUUUAGCGGUCGACAUUGAACGGUCAACCCUUUACUGGACAGAUAUGAUCAGCAAAACAGUGAUGCGUUCUUAUAUUUCUCAAAAAUCUGAUAAUGUUGGAAUCCCACAAGACCUGAAGAUCAGUAAUCUAGACGAACCAAAUGGCAUUUCCAUUGACUGGACAUCAGGGAAUGUUUACUGGACUGACUCCAAAAAGAAAACAAUAUCUGUGGCGGCUAAAGAUGGAAGAUACAGAUACACUUUAAUCAAAACAGAACUUCGUAGACCUUAUGCUAUUGUCGUUAACUCACAGACUGGCUGGAUGUACUGGACAGAUAUAAACAGUUACAACCCAAGAUAG